AUGGGGUUUUUGGCUGAUAGAAUAGUGAAUGCAUCCAGCUUAGAAGUGAGAGUUGGGGCGACAGCGCUGCUCUUAUGUGCUGCAAAAGAAAAGAAGCAGCUGAUCACGGAGGCACUUGACCUGUCUGAUACUGGUGAUUUUUAUUUUCCGGAUCCAGCUAAAAUCUUGGGUGGUACAGUCGCAUUGUGGCUGCUAUGCAUUCUCACUUCUGUUGAUGCUAAGUCAAAGCUCAUUGUCAUGGAAGCUGGCGGACUUGAGGUGCUCCAUGGGAAGCUUGUUAGGGUACCUUCGUUGGAAAUGAAAUAA